UUAACCGACGCGGUACAGUGAUAGCAUCGUCAAAUGAUUUUGUUUUGAUCGUGUAGACUUAAAUAGAAUAGUAAUUAGUCAUAGAAAAUAUAUUUUAUUUUAUUUCAUUUUUUAAAAUAAAAUUUAUCUGUUAAAUUUUUAAAUUUUAUUUUGUUACCAAAAAUUUAAUUUUUUUGGAUACCAUGAGCUCUAUAACUAUUGGACCAAAUGAUUCAAAUCCUUCAGGAUUUAGUCCUGCCCCACCCCCACCACCACCACCACCGGUACCUGGUCAGAUGCCAACCAUGAGAAUUAAUACUGAGAGCCAGAUGUCAAAAAGACCAAAUACUUAUAAUAAUGAUGCAUAUGAGCCACCGGCGGCGAUACAGAACGCGAUGAUGACCAAGGACAAAAAACCUUUCACUUACACUCCGGGCAUGGGAGGUAAAUUGGACCUAUCACAAAUUCGCAGUCCGAGAAUGGCCCGUAGAGUCGCUAAGAACGCCAAUGAUGAAGGUAUCGAAGGACCACCAAAGUCACCGCUGGCUAAUGAACAAACACGCCCGGCCCAAGUUACCCCACCCGCGGCUGCGAAUCUUUUCGUUCAACCGCAAGUCGCUGUUCCGGUUUUUCCGACCAGUGUCUCGCCGACUACAAGACCGGUUCCGCGGAAUAUCAUCGUGCCAGAAAAAAUCGAAGUCCGGCCGAUAAAAAUCGAGCAGAAAUCAUCGCAGCCGACGUCACCCGACACUCCGACGACUCCAAUCCAAGUGACGUUAGCAAAAGCACCGACCCCUUGGUUGCAGCAGAAAUCAAAGCCCGCGGAAGAGCUUCCCGAGUGGGCAAAACGGCCCACAAACGGAUCUGGGCAAGAAAGUCCGACAUCUCCAGUUCUGCCGGCUUCGAUAAACGUCCAGGCAGUUCCUGUCCAAGUAUCUGGUCAAAGAGUUCAAGCAAAACCUGUUGGAGCCAACGAACGAGUUAUUCCUGUCCGGAUCGAAGAUCGUCCAUCUGUAUUCACGGUUAAAAAUGAACAAGGGCACCAUCAAUUUAAGCAGACACCGCACCAACAACGAUGGGGAAAUUCACAACAAAAUUUACCACAAAAUACUACUGCUAAAAUUACCGUCGCUCCACCGAAGCCUCAAUUAACUAGUCCCGGAACUUACAUUGUCCCUAUUGCUGUUGAAGGCGCUCAUGAUAUCCAGCCUAAUUAUGAUUAUCAGUCUAGUCCAGUAAAUGCAGUCAGAAGUCAAGGAAGAAAUAUUCAAGAAAUAGGACCUGGGGCACCAGUUCAAUCUCGUUCAUUUAGAGUUUUACAAAAAUUAACAGACACUGAUGAUGACAUUGAUAGUGAACAAUUGCGUAAAUUACAAUUGACUGAAGAUGAUAAAGUUCUUAUGAAUAAAUUUAAAGAACAAGUGGAUGGUGAUACAUAUUUACAUCAAGAAGAAGAUCCUAGAUAUCGUGGUGCAGCUAUUCCAUCACGAGCAUUUAGAUAUUUACAAAAUAUGACUGAUUCCAAUGAAGUACCAAUUAAUACAAAUGCACCUAGAGCUGUCAACAGUGCAUUGAAGAGACAAAAUAGAAAUUCGCGAUCAUUUGAUGAGUCACCACAAAUCCAAUCAAAUCUACCGCCGAGUGAGCAACAGGCACCAGAGCCUAAAAUAUAUACCGGAAGUGCAAUACCAUCGCGGUCAUUCCGGAUAUUACAGGCGAUGACCACUCCCGAUUCUCUUGCAAUAGGGACCCAAGAAUUACCAGCAGAAUUACCCGGUCAAGUAACAAGUAACAUAACCUUGGGCAAUAAUCACCAGGGAAUAUUUAUCCCGCAUUAUUCCCAGCCCAUCUAUUGGGCGUAUUAUCCGUUAGCUUACUCGGCUGGUCAGAGUCUAGAAUACCGACCUUACCAACAGCAAGAAUAUUGUUGCCCGAAUCAGUUUCAGCGUCACAAUAUUAGUGGCCAUUUUAAUCCAUGUAACGGAAAUGUUGGUUACUAUCAAAAUAACGGCUUGCCAUUGUAUGUUGUUGCUGGAGAUAGGAUUUAUGAUGGCCCUAGUGGUCAUUAUGAGGCUUCGGUAGCUCAAGAUAGUCAACAAGAGGUCAGUUCUGAUGAUUCUAGUCAUAACCUAAAAGAAAUAAAGCCUAGAAUGCUAUUUGUCGAAGGUCCUAGUCAUGAAAUUUUGAAAGCUAGUGAUCAUUUGAAGCAGACAGGAGCCAGUUCUGAUGAUUCUAGUCAUGCCCUAAUAGGAAUAAAGCCUAGAAUGCUAUUUUCUGAAGGCCCUAGUCAUGAAAUUUUGAAGCCUAGUGAUCAUUUGAAGCAGACAGGAGUCAUUUCUGAUGAUUCUAGUCAUAACCCAACAGGAAUAAAGCCUAGAAUGCCAUUUUCUGAAGGUCCUAGUCAUGAAAUUUUGAAGCCUACCGAUCACUUGAACCAGACAGGAGUCAUUUCUGAUGAUUCUAGUCAUAACCCAACAGAAAUAAAGCCUAGAAUGCUAUUUGUCGAUGGUCCUAGUCAUGAAACUUUAAAGCCUACUGAUCAUUUGAAGCAGACAGGAGUCAUUUCUGAUGAUUUUAAUCAGAAGUUAAUGACAAUGCAGCCUAGAAUGCUAUUUGUCGAAGGUCCUAGUCAUGAAACUUUAAAGCCUACUGAUCAUUUGAAGCAGACAGGAGUCAUUCCUGAUAAUUCUAGUCAUAAUCCAGCAGGAAUAAAGCCUAGAAUGCUAUUUCCUGACGGUCCUAGUCAUGAAACUUCGAAGCCUAUUGACCAUUUGAAGCAAACAGGAGUCAUUCCUGAUGAUUCUAGUCAUAACCUAACAGGAAUAAAGCCUAGAAUACUAUUUUCUGAAGGUCCUAGUCAUGAAAUUUUGAAGCCUACCGAUCACUUGAACCAGACAGGAGUCAUUUCUGAUGAUUCUAGUCAUAAUCCAACAGGAAUGCAGCCUAGAAUGCUAUUUGCCGAAAGUCCUAGUCAUGAAAUUUUGAAGCCUACCGAUCACUUGAACCAGACAAGAGUCAUUCCUGAUGAUUUUAAUCAGAAGUUAAUGACAAUGCGGCCUAGAAUGCUAUUUGUCGAAGAUCCUAGUCAUGAAACUCUGAAGCCUACUAAUCAUUUGAAGCAAACAGGAGUCAUUCCUGAUGAUUCUAGUCCUAAAUCAACAGCUACCCAGCUUAGAAUGCCAUUUGCUGACGACCCUAAUUCAAACCAGCCCAAAACAACCGAUAUUUCUAGUAACCAUCCCAGUCAUAGCUCAGUUUCCAACCAGCCUACAGCUUUUGUCGAUAAUCCUAGUCAUUGUAACCCCCCAAAAGACCUAGACCGUCCCUCAAACGCGAUGUUAAAACGUCCCAAAGAUCAUUUCAAGCAUCCAAAGACUCCAGAUGCCUCCAGCCAUGAUUUACCUCCAGCAAUCCUGACUGAUGGUCCCAGCAACUAUGAGACUUUGAAGCAACCGAGAACAGUUUCCGUCAAUCUUCCAAGUCCCAGCUCGAUUACCAGCCCGGAAAACUCUGGAAACUUGACCCCCGGUCCUGUCAAUGUCUUCCAGGGUAUGAAUACCAGCAGCUAUCAGGCUUCCAGUGACUUUUCAAUGAAUAUUUUGCACGAGGAUCUCGAUAGUUCCGACAGUAGUUCCAGCGCCAAUAACAUCGACGACGGAAUUGAAGCCCUGGGGACUUCGACUUCUGAUUCGGACUCCGAUUCCUACCUCGCGUACUCCACUGGCCUGAAUCCUUCCCCAGUUUGCGAGGAAACCAAACUUCCGGACUGUGAAAUCGCUCAUCAAGUUGAAGGCCCGACAAUAAACGUCAGCCUUCCGCUAAAAGUAUCGAAGCCUACGGAGCUAACUGAUGAAAUCCACGUGGACUUCACACUGACCAGACCGAAGUCAUGGUGCCAAGAUGGCAGCAAUCGAUCCUAUGGUCAAGCAAAAGAAGAAACCGACGAUGACGACAGCGGGGUCACGUCUCAGUCAGAUUUGAGCCGGAUCAUAUCCGAAGUCGAUACCGAUUCCGAGUCUGGGCCGAAGCAGAAAAAAAUAAACAGCUACAAGCGCACGCAGACUCACUCACGUUUAUUUAAAUUAAUAACCGACGACUCGGCAUUUUUAGAACCUCAUAAAUUAUCACGGCAGUUAAAUGACAGAGAAAUAAAUUCUAUUAAAAAAUCUUUUAAAUUUACGGAUUUUAAAUCUCGCGCCACUGGAGCGCCGCCUGAACUGACGCUCAGGAACUUCGGGCGGCCAUUAAGUUUGCAGAUAAACCGAAAAGAUGAAUUUUAUAGAAAAUUUAUCAUUAAAGAGUCGAAUAUUUCGGAUAAUUUUGUUGUCAAAAAUAAUAAAUUUAAUUUAAAACCAAAUGUACUCUGCCCGAGAAUAAAAAGUUUUAAAAGUAUUAAUAAAUUAAAAGAUAAUUAAUUUAAUUAAGUCAGC